GGCAACGCUGCAUUCAGCGCUGACGUCUUCAUCGGCAUUUUAAGUUUUGGAUUAUUGGUCUAUAAAAAAAAAAAACAAAAAGAAUGCAUUUAUUACAUUAGUUAAACACACUAAAUGUAUUGUUAAAUUAGCUAAUUAUUCAUAUUCCGUUUAAUGUGAAAGUAUAAUGUGGACCAACCGUCAAUUUGUAAUGCGGCUUAUGCUGCUGACUCUGCUGCUCGCACUUGUUGCCGCCAAAUCGAAAAUUUCCGCUGUGCAGGAAGACAUAACAGACUACAAGGAGUUUAAGAAACUGAUUCGUACUAAGAACAAUGUACUAGCUCUUUAUGUAUCCAGCGCGAAAGAGGCUGCUGCAGAGUUGAAAGUAUUCCGGGAAGCGGCUGAUGUGAUUCGCGGCACAGGAACAAUGUUGUACGUGGACUGUUCCAACCAGGAGCGCAAGAAACUGUGUAAGAAGCUUAAGGUUGCGCCCUCAUCCUACAUACUACGCCAUUAUAAGGACGGCGACUAUCAUAAGGACUACGAUCGUCAGCUGACCGCUGAAUCAAUGGUCACCUUUAUGCGUGAUCCGACAGGGGAUUUGCCAUGGGAAGAGGAUCCCGCUGGGGCCGAUGUAUUGCACUUCAAUGACGGAGCUUCAUUUUCAAAACAUGUCCGGAAGGAUAUCCGGCCUAUGUUAGUCAUGUUUCAUGUGCCAUGGUGCGGGUUUUGCAAGCGCAUGAAGCCAGACUACAGUAAAGCUGCUACCGAACUGAAGACUCAUGGUGGAUAUUUGUUGGCUGCCAUGAAUGUGGAGCGACAGGAAAACGCACCCGUGCGCAAGCUUUUUAAUUUAACUGGUUUUCCCACUUUAAUCUACUUCGAGAACGGAAAAAUGCGCUUCACCUACGAGGGCGAGAAUACAAAGGAUGCGCUGGUGGCCUUCAUGCUUAAUCCAAAUGUUAAACCGACGCCCAAGCCGAAGGAACCGGAUUGGUCGGCUGAUACAAAUUCAGAAAUUGUUCAUUUGACUACGCAGGGCUUUGAGGCAGUUCUAAAGGAUGAAAAAUCAGCGCUGGUCAUGUUUUAUGCCCCCUGGUGUGGUCAUUGCAAGCACAUGAAACCCGAAUACGAAAAGGCAGCGCUCGAGAUGAAACAGAAGAAUGUUCCUGGUAUGCUUGCUGCUCUGGAUGCCACUAAGGAGACUGCCAUUGGCGAAAAAUAUAAGGUGAAGGGCUAUCCGACUGUAAAAUACUUUUCCUAUGGUGUUUACAAAUUCGACGUGAACGUGCGCGAGGUGUCCAAAAUAGUCGAAUUUAUGAUCGAUCCCAAAGAGCCACCACCGCCUCCACCGCCAGAAAAGAACUGGGAGGACGAGGAGGGCAGCACUGAGGUGAUAUUCCCGAACGAUGAAACUUUCAGAACGAUACUAAAGCGCAAGAAGCAUGCUUUGGUCAUGUUUUAUGCUCCAUGGUGUGGGCACUGUAAACACACAAAACCAGAAUUUACUGCUGCCGCAAAUGCGCUGCAAGAUGAUCCGCGUGUUGCCCUUGUUGCCAUCGACUGUACAAAAUAUGUUGAGCUGUGCGCCAAGUAUAAUGUACGCGGCUAUCCCACCUUCAUAUACUUUUCGUACCUCAAAACUACGCUAGAAUACAAAGGCGGACGAAGCAGCAAAGACUUCAUAGCUUAUAUGAAAAACCCACCCAGCCCAAAUGAACAUAGUGAGCUUUGAUGUGGCCGAACAAUCAUAGAAUCUCUUAACAUACAUUUUCUAUUUACAAUUAAUACCUUUCAAACUCUUGCAAGGCAGUUGACUAACAUAUUUACUGGGUUUUAAUGCCUCCUAUAACAUUGAUCUUUGUCUUACAACUUUGCAAGGGUUUCUCAGCUUCGGUAUGCCGAAUGCUAAUUUAUAAGAAAAAAUUAUUUAUAAACUCAAUGUUGUAAAUUGUAUAUGCCUUUUCUUUUGCUAUCUUUAUAUCAAUAACUUUACUAUCCAUCUUGCAUUGUACAUUGUAUAGGAGUACCUCGUACAAUUCCAUUAUAACUUCUCGGACUCUGCAAUGCUGAAAUAUAUAGCUAU